GACCCUGAGCUCCGGGAAUUUCCCCAGCGCGGGGGCUCGGGCUUUUCCAGCCACCAUGCAUAAAAGAGGUGGACCGGGCCCCAGAACCCCAGAUCGCACCUCAGUGCCUCCAGCCGGCUCCUGCACUCUAGACUCUAGCUACACUUCUUCUGAUCAGCGCCAUGGCUCCAGCCACCCGUUCACUCCUCCGUGCCUCUCUGCUGGUGCUGCUGCUGUUGCUGGCCACCAGCCACCAGGCUACAGGGGCAGUUGUGGCCACUGAGCUGCGCUGUCAGUGCCUGAAGACUGUAUCCAGGAUUGAUUUCAAGACCAUCCAGAGCUUGAAGGUGACGCCCCCAGGACCCCACUGCACCCAGACAGAAGUCAUUGCCAUUCUCAAGGAUGGUCAAGAAGUUUGUCUCGAUCCUGAAGCCCCCUUGGUUCGGAGGAUCAUCCAAAAGAUACUGAACAAAGGCAAUGCUAACUAACCUGGAAAGAAUUGGAGUGUGGGUUGUUGUACUUCAAGGAGAAGAAUCAAAGAGAAAAGAAACAAACAGCACUCUGGAAGCCUGGAUUGUUCCUGAUAUGUUUUUACUGUCUGAAAGUUUAACUAUUUAUUUAUCUAUUUAUUUAUUUAUUUUCCAAUUCUCAGAUAUUGUUAUGCUUAUUGUGAUAUUUAAAGAGAUAAGUGUGUUUGGCAAUUCACUGUAAUAUAUUAAAAAGGUCAUUUUAAUAUGCUAAAUCAAGGUUAUUUUAGUUAUAUAGUUGGAAGGUGAUGAACUUUGAGAUCAAUUCAUUCAUUACUUUCUAAGGGCGUGAGCCAAGCACCAGCUGAAUCAUGCCUCUAGUAUGAUACAGACGGGGGACAAAGUGGCAGGGAGAGGAAGGGGAGGAGGGAGGCACAGACAUAUGCAGUCAGAUCAAGUUUUGUAAGUACUGAGUAGAAUAGAACGGCUGUUAUUUAUUUUUCAGUGUUUUCACACUACGUGGACAGCACUUGUUGUCUUUUUAAUAACUGUAAUGUUGUGAAUAUCCCUUGGACAUUUUAUGUCUUCUUUGUAAGGCACAGUGCCUUGGCCAGCAAUUAUUUGGUCAUGCUUUCUUAUGUCUUGAAGUAGGAACAUUUAUUUAUUUGUGUACUUUUACAAAUAAAAAGAAAAUAAAAUUUUAAAUUAAAACAA